CUCCAGCUGUUAGAGCCGACUGACAGCUGGAUCACAUAUUUCCUCAUUCCUUCUCUCCCCGCAUGGUCUCCUUGCGUCUCUCCGUGCAUCCCCUGGGCGGAACUAAAGCAAGGAUUGGGCAUAUUCGUUCCGCAGUAGCCGACGUGAGGCUCCGCAUGAAUAAAAAAUCGUCAUCAGAGCGGGUGCGUAGGGUCUGCGCUGAUGUCCGCGUGCCUCUCCUUUUUUAUGACCGCUACGCUACCAGGGCAUCAACCGAUCUACUCCAGAAAGUUGUUUAAACAGAAGUAGUCCGCAGCUGUCCGUGUACGCGUCAGCUCCGAUAUACGCAAGGAAAAGAGGCAAGUGAGGGAAACGUGCAAUUAAGAGACUUGAGAAGUACCCACAGACUGAAAAUCUGACGAUCAGAUUCACCCUCAGACCAAACUAACAACUUCCUCUGACUGAGUUCAGCUACAGGAGAGAAAAGUGGAAAACUACAACACUACUGCUUCAACCUGCUGACGCUCCACACACUGAAGCUUCAGAGACAAAAUGGCUUCCAGAUUAGCGGAGGAGCUCAGCUGUCCGGUCUGUCAUGAGGUCUUCAGAGAUCCUGUUGUUCUGUCAUGCAGCCACAGCUUCUGUAAAGUCUGUCUGGAUGACUACCGGAGAGAGAAACAAGCACUUGAGUGUCCAGUUUGUAAGAAAAGAUCUUCAAGGUUAAAACUAACUUGUAACCUGGUGUUAAAGAACCUGUGUGAGGCCUUCUUACAGGAGAGAGAUCAGAGAGCUUCAGAGGCUCUCUGCAGUCUGCACUCUGAGAAACUUAAACUCUUCUGUCUGGACCAUCUGCAGCCAGUGUGUCACAUCUGCAGAGAUUCAGAAAAACACAGCAACCACAGAUUCAGACCCGUCGAUGAAGCUGCACGACAACACAAGAAGGAACUUCAGGAAACUCUGGAGCCCUUAAAGGAGAAGUUAAAGGAGAAGUUAAAGGUUUGUGAACAAGUUAAAGAGGAGUUUGAUCAAACAGCAGAACACAUGAAGGUCCAGGCCCGACACACAGAGAGGCAGAUUAAGGAGCAGUUUAAGAAGCUUCACCAGUUUCUAGAGGAGGAAGAGGAGGCCAGGAUGGCUGCACUGAGGGAGGAAGAGGAGCAGAAGAGUCAGAUGAUGAAGGAGAAGAUGGAGGCUCUGAGCAGAGAGAUAGCAGCUCUUUCAGACAUAGUCAGAGCCACAGAGGAGGAGCUGAGAGCUGAAGACGUCUCAUUCCUGCUCAACUACAAGGCUGCAGUGGAAAGAGUCCAGCAGCGCCUCCUGCUGGAUGAUCCACAGCUGCCCUCAGGAGCUCUGAUAGACCAGGCCAAACACCUGGGCAACCUGGCCUUCAACAUCUGGAACAAGAUGAAGGACAUGGUCUCCUACACUCCUCUCAUUCUGGACCCAAACACUGCUGAUCCAUAUCUCAUCCUGUCUGAAGAUCUGACCAGUGUGAGACGAGGAGAGAGACAGCAGCUUCCUGACAAUCCAGAGAGGUUUGAUGAACACUACUCUGUCCUGGGCUCUGAGGGCUUUAACUCAGGGACUCACAGCUGGGAUGUUGAGGUUGGAGACAGUACAGACUGGUUACUGGGUGUGUCAGCAGAGUCUGUCCAGCGGAAGGGAGACAACAUAGGGUCUGGAUUAUGGGGAAUAGGGUUCUCUAUACUUGAAUACUCAGCAGUGUCACCAUCAGCCCCAGCCACUGUUUUCAGUGUGCAGGAGAAGCCCCAGAGGAUCAGAGUGAAUCUGGACUGGAACAGAGGAAAGCUGUCGUUCUCUGAUCCUGAUACUAACACACACAUACACACCUUCACACACACUUUCACUGAGAGGAUGUUUCCAUUGAUUCGCACUUGGUAUGAAGUGAAGCUGUCAGCAGUGAAGGUCUGUGUGACAGUGGAACAGAGCAGUUAGAGAUAAAGAGGAUGAUUAUAUUCAUGAUGUUGUUGAUUUCUUAAAGGGAAAAGUCUCUGAAUUUAACCUGUUAAGCUGCACCUGUCCUCCUGCUGUCUCAUUAUUCCAAACAUAUCUUUAUUUUCUCUCACUUGUUGUUUUUAUUGUUUGUAUUUUCUUUUUCUUGUUGUUUAGUUUGACAAUCAGCUUUUUGUUUCUCCUGUCAGCCUUUUCAUAUGUAAAAUUAUUAGUUUCUUUAUGUUUGUUUGGUUUAGCCGUUUCUUUGUUAUCCACACUGUCAUUUUAAAUAGUUGUUCAUGUUUUAUUAUUUUGACUUGUGUGUGUGUGGAGCCAUGAAGACCAGCAGCCACUUUGUGGAAGCUGAUGAGGAUUAAUUAAUUACAUGUGUGAAAUCUUUACAAAAUAUAAAAUAGAUGUUUUAAAUUAUCCAAAACAUUUGUACAAGUUUUGUUUGUCUGUCUACAUCAGUGGAGCUGA